AUGGCACAAAACCAGGCACAGCAGAAUGUGAUGAGGCGGAAACUUGUCAUAAUAGGUGAUGGUGCCUGCGGCAAGACAUCCCUCCUAUCCGUAUUUACUCUCGGCUAUUUCCCGACUCAUUACGUACCGACGGUAUUCGAAAAUUACGUUACCGAUUGCCGCGUCGAUGGCAGAUCAGUUCAGCUGGCGUUAUGGGAUACAGCAGGACAAGAAGAUUACGAGAGACUUAGGCCACUGGCAUAUGCUAAGUCGCACGUCAUUUUGAUAGGAUUCAGCGUCGACAGCCCUGACAGCCUGGAAAACGUACGGCAUAAAUGGAUUGAAGAAGCGAGAGAACGGUGCCCCGAUGUGCCUAUCAUUCUGGUUGGAUUGAAAAAAGACCUAAGAGAAGAUCCAAUGGCAAUAGAAGAAAUGCGAAAGAAGAGCUUGAAGUUUGUGACUCCACGAGAGGGCGCAGAAAUGGCGCAGCUAUGUGGCGCCCGCAAAUACCUCGAGUGUUCCAGCCUGACCGGCGAGGGAGUGGACGACGUGUUCGAAGCUGCCACCAGAGCCGCGCUUCUCACGUUUAAUGGCAAACAAGGUGGAGGUGGCUGCUGCGUGAUCCUGUGA